AUGAAGGCCUCCACCACCAUCCUCGCCCUCAGCGCCCUUGUGGCCUCCACCUCGGCCAAGCCCAUCAGCAGGAUGAUCAGCGUCAAGAUGCCCGCCGGCGCCAUGGCCAACAAGAUGACAUCCGACUCCAUGGUGCGCCGCGAGGUUGAGAUGGGUGCUGCCGCCACCACCCCCGCCGUCCCUGAGACCCCCGCUGGCGCCGCCCCCGCCCCUGAGGCUGUCCUUGAGUCUGCCAAGGUCAACGAGAACCCCAGCCCGGCCCAGAAGGAAGAGGCCAAGGUCGCUCUCGAUAAGCUCGAGGAAGUCAAGGGCACCGUCAGCGAUGCCAAGGGCAAGAUCCACGCCGUCAUGGAGAUGGAGGGCGAUGUCGAUAUGGACGCUCUCAAGACCAUCGUCAAUGAUGUCAACAUGAAGAUUGUCGACAUUGGCAGCAUUGGCGGUAUUCUGGGCGGUAACGCCGGUAUCGACCCCAUUUCUGCCGCCACUGGCCUCGCUACAGAUGUCGUCAACGGCGUUGGCGGUCUCCUCUCCAACAUCUUUGGUGGUGGCCGCCGCCGUGUCCCUACCAGUGCAUCUGGCUCCAUCGGCAUCGACGGCCUGCUUGGCUCCGUCGAUGGCCUUCUCGGCGGAGGCACUGGUCUCAAUGGAGGACUCCGUGGCGCUGCCUCCGGCGCCGGUAGCGCUGCUGGAAACGUCGCCGGCGGUCUCGGUCUCGGUUUCGGCGGAAAGCCUCCCGGCCGCAACGGCGGUCUCAUUGGGCUCGCCAACGGACUCACUGGAGGUAUCACGGAGGGUAUCCGCGGCAUUGCCAACGACCUCACCGGCGGCCUGAGCGAGACCGCUCUCGAUAUCGCUGACGGCUUCACUGGUGGACUCAUCCGGGGUAACGACCGCGGCCAGGCCGGUGCCUCGGGUUCUCUUACCGGAACCAUCGGCGGCCUGCCCGGCGGUCUGACUGGUGGCCUGACUGGCAACCUGGGAGGUCUCACUGGCAGCAUUGGCGGCAACAUUGGCGGCGCUGCUGGACAGACCGGAAACUCGAGCGGCGGCGACAAGACUGGUUCUCAGCCCGGUAAGACUGGCUCUCAGCCCGGCAAGACUGGCUCUCAGCCGGGCCGCCCGCGCAAGGAGACCUUUAACCUCAGCGGUCUCGAGGGCUUUGAUCUCGAGGCCCUUGGCUUCGGCGAUGUCGAUGUCAACAACCUCACUGAGGCUGAGCUGCGGGAGAUCAACGAGGUCCUUGACCUCGGCAUCGACGUCGAUGCUCUCGUCGCCAGCAUCCGCAACUAA